UUGCGACAUAAUCAACCUUUUUUUGUUGCAGGUUGUGGUGAACCAGUAAACAACUGUCCACCAGGCCCACCAGGCCCACGUGGAGAUAGAGGUGAAAAGGGUUUAGAUGGACCACCCGGGAAAGACGGCACACCCGGGGUAGCUGGCGUAACGCUGUUGGCCACGCAUGACAUUCCUGGCGGAUGCAUUGACUGCCCUCCUGGACCGUCUGGACCACCAGGGCCAAUUGGAGUGGAUGGUGAUCACGGACUGCCUGGGCGCAGAGGACCCCCCGGCAAAAAUGGAAAAACUGGGUCGAAAGGACCUCCUGGAGCAUUGGGCGAACCAGGUGAACCAGGGCCAGAUGGGCCACCGGGUAAAGUAGGACAGGAGGGGCGUGAUGGCAAACGGGGCUCUGGAGCACCAGGGUCGAAAGGACCAACUGGUACUCGCGGACCACGAGGUGAACCAGGAACGAAUGGUGAGAAUGGUAGCGAUGGUGAAACUGGAGAACAAGGUCCGGCUGGCCGUCCUGGCAAAGACGGUAGCUCCGGAAAAGAUGGACGUCCUGGACCGGUUGGUUUAAUUUUUUCCAUCGCUAGCAAAGCAAUGAACCUGUAUUCUUGA